AUGGCCCAGGUUCUUUGGAACUCCGACAUCGAUGUGUACAAUCCAAAGGUGAUUCCGGUUUCUGUGGCCGAAAACAUAUCGUGGUACUUGGACAUUCCGGAUUUGCUUCUGUUUGCCUUGACUUCUCGCAAUGCCUACAAAGCAGUCAAUGAUCCUCGGCUCUGGGUGCUGAAACUAAACGCUAUGGGGGUCUGGAACCUGGCAUUUCCCGUGAAAAAGGAAGACCGAGCGCAGUUGAGCUUUGAGCUGCUCCAAAGCCCGCUCACGUGCUUGAACCACAUCUAUAAAGUGCCUCGAAUAGCCAAGUUCCAGGUGCUUAAGAUCAGAGCCUGUCUCAUUGAUUACUACCUGGACUUGCUGCUCAAUGUCCCGUACGAAAAGCUCAAGAUCUUCAAAAACUUCCAUUCGCCCAAAGACCAGGCCCAGAUGUUGACCAAUCUAUUGAAGUUCAAUGCUAUAGACACAGACGAGCCGAACCGGAUUUCUGUACGCAACAAAAUCACCGACUUGACCGAAAUCUUUGAGAAUGCUUUGCUCCGAGAGCUAGAAAUCCACUUCGAUAUCCAGGACUACGAGAAGACACGCUCAUUUGUCGAGAUUUUGGUGGGCCUAAAAAAUGACCAGGCACUCAUCGAUUUCUUCCUUCAGAAGACUUGUUUCGACAACGAGUCGGUCAAGUUCUUGCAGCCGGAGCUGUUUUCGGCAGAAGACUUCUUCAUGCUGAACAACCCGGACAUAUUGGGUCUAGGCACCGAAGAAAAAAAUGAAAAUGAAACAGAAAAAGACAAUGAAAACAUACACUCGGGAUUCUCACUCAAGAUUUCCGAGGUCGACAACUUUGUCAAAGAACUCUCUGGUGUUUUUAAUGAGCUUUCGCGAGUCAUUGAUCUUACGUUUCCCCAGUCAAUACUGAUGAUGUUCAAAAUUAGUGAGGAGAUUAUUUCCAACCAGCUCCAGGAGAUUGCCAUCCUCUUGACCAAUACCGCAAAAGAAAAAGGGCUCCUCUUGGAAACGGUGCCCGUUCUUUAUACGAAACUUACCUCAGAUUUUAUUGAGCAGCUAAAUCCCUCAAAGAACGUCGGCGAGUCAUACAAAACAUUGAUCCACGAGCUCAUAGACAGCUCUUUUGAGUCUUUUGCGUCGGAGUACAUGAACGAAGAGAAAGUAAAUUUCCGGGCGUUUUGCGUGACAAAAAUGACCCAGUGGAAUGCUUUGGUAAGAGAACGGGAGGAAAAUACCACACAGCAAAUCUUGAAGCAUGUCAAGGUGGAGGCGAAGAACGAUUUUCUUUCGAGUUUCAAAAAAGUGUUCACAAUCAACACAGGCAGCGACAAUAAGCCGGAACUGGACGAGCAACAGUCCAUGUACUCGCAAAUGCAAGCAAGGGCCAAAAUCCUUGCCGAAAACAUCAAAUCGUUGAAUGAAGUGUUUAGUCCCGAACUUGCGCUUACGAUACUAAACGAGGCGAAGGCAUCACUACGAAGACUCAUGUGUCUCCGUGAAUUCACCGUCAAUGCUGUGGUUGUUGAUCUUUACGCGACAAUGCAAGAAGAGUUUAUCAAUGUCAUUGAGUGCAUUGGAAACGAUCAUUUGAAAGUCGGCUUUGACAAGUCGUUGAAAUACCUCAAGGACUAUAACCCGAACGAGGUUUCUGCAUACUUUGAAAACAAGGCGAAGGGAAGUGCAAUCGGGCCGCUCGUCAUUUUCUUCGAGCUGAUCAACAUGGCAGAUAUGAUAGUGCAGAUGCUUGAUAUUUUCUACAAAGAAGAGAUGAUCAACCGGAAGGUUGUUCGGCACGAGAAUUCUGUGCUCAACCCGUCCCUCCAAUCCAAAAAGAAAUUGGAAGGUAUGGUAGAUAAGUACGUUGCUGACGGAUUGAAUAUUGGCAUUGACGUGCUUUUCAAGGAAAUCGAUUCUGUGUACUUAUCGAUGCUUAGUGAAUCAGAUUACAAUCCUCCGGCCAACAAACCAUUUGUUCCCGAUGGCCCAACACGUGCAGCAGUGACAGUGGUUCAGAUUUUGGACGAAAACAUAGAUCUUCUCACCGACUCAGCAGAAAAGUCUAUUGUGGAAGUGUUUCAGCAAGAAGUGGCGGAACGGUUUUUCCAGGUGAUUGUCAAGGUUCUCAAAAGAAGCACCAUUUCUGUGGACGGUGCAGUGACUUUGAUCUCGGACUUGAAUCUAUACUAUGAUUUUAUUUUGACGCACAUCCGAAGCAACAAGAAGCUGAUCUACCCGUUGUUCCAGGCGCUUAAGAAAAUCGGCUCUAUCUAUUUGAUUGGAGGCGACGAGGCCAAGGCCAUUGGCCAGUUGGUGUCUGACUUGUCAAAGUUCAACGGAAUCUUCAGGCAAGAGGAAAUUUACGAAUUUGUCCAGCGGCGGCAAGAUUGGCCGGUGAUCAAAAGACACGUGGAAAAGGUCAUGUAUGGCCUUAGCAUAGCAGACUGUACCAUUAUAUAG